CGUCACAAUUUCCUAUUUUUGUCCUAUUUUAUCUAAAUAACUUUCAACCUAUAAAUACUUACCAAGAAAUUCAUCUGACUCAUAUUACUUUCUAACUCUUUCUUUUGUUCUUUCUUCUUCAAUAUGGCGAGAGUUUCUAUAUUGUUAUGUUUGGUUCUAUUGGUUACAUUAGGAGUUGUGGUAAGUGUCUCAUUUGCCGACAACAUUGAAGUGAAAUCCAAAGAUCUGGAGAACAACAUUGAAGUGAAAUCCAAAGAUCUGGAGAGCAGUAAGAAAGAUGAGAAUGUUGAUCAUCAUAAUAGUAAAGACAAAGAGAAAGGAGGUGAAAAGGUAGAUGAUGGUGGUCAGCAGGUCGGUUCUGAUGAUGAUGAAAACGAUAAGAAGGAAAAAAAGAAAGGGCAUGAUCAUGAUGUGAGUAAAAAGGGUGAUCAACAUGAAAAGAAAGACAAUGUUGAUGAGAAGAAGAGUGAUGGUCAUGAUCAUAAAGAUGAAAAGAAGCAUAAGGAUACAAAGAAGGAUGGACACGGUGAAGAAGAUGACGAUGAUGAUGAUGAUGAUGACACCGAUGAUGAUACUGAUGAUGAUACCGAUGAUGAUGAUGAUGACGACGAUGAUGAAGAUGAAACGGAUGGAGAUGAUAACGAGAAGGGGAAUAUCGGGUUAUACGAGCUCAAGAAAGGAAAUCUAACGGUCAAAUUCACAAAUUGGGGUGCUUCAAUCAUGUCUCUACACUUCCCUGACAAAAAUGGGAAAAUUGACGAUAUUGUUCUUGGCUAUGAUAGCGUCAAAACCUACAAGACCGAUAAAGUCUAUUUUGGAGCAACCGUGGGACGAGUAGCAAAUAGAAUAGGAAAGGCCCAUUUCAAAUUGAACGGUAAAGAGUACAAGACAAGUGCCAACGAUGGCAAAAACACACUUCAUGGUGGGAAGAAAGGGUUUGGGGAUGUUGUGUGGGCAGUAUCAAAACACAAGUAUGAUGGCAAGAGUCCUCACAUUGUCUUCACUUACACAAGCCCUGAUGGCGAUCAAGGGUUCCCCGGAGAACUCAAUGCCACGGUGACAUAUAAACUUGUCAAAGACAAUGAACUGAGUGUGGUGAUGGAGGCAAAGCCUAAAGAUAAAGCAACUCCAGUGAACUUAGCUCAUCAUAGUUAUUGGAAUCUUGGUGGUCAUAACGCUGGAGAUAUUUUGUCUGAAGAAAUCCAAAUUCUUGGUUCAAGUUAUACUCCUGUCGACGGUGAGCUCAUUCCCACCGGAAAAAUCUCUCCGGUGAAAGGAACACCGUAUGAUUUUCUCCAACUCCGUCCUAUAAAAGAUAAUAUAAAGGAUCUUAAAACAGGAUAUGAUAUAAACUAUUGCUUAGAUGGUGAGGCAAAUAAGAUGAGGAAAAUAGUGGAACUUGUAGAUAAGAAAUCAGGAAGAAAAAUGGAGUUAUCCGGGGACCAACCGGGUUUGCAAUUCUAUACCGGAGGAAUGUUAAAGGAUAUCAAAGGGAAGAAUGGGACCGUUUACCAAGCUUAUGGAGGAUUAUGUUUGGAAACACAAAGUUAUCCAGAUUCAUUAAAUCAUCCGAAAUUUCCUUCACAGAUUGUCGAGCCAGGGAAAAAAUACAAACACACAAUGCUCUUCAAGUUUUCGAUUGUUUCAUAGAUUGUUUUAGAUUUUGGUACAUGCAUUAUUACCUAUGGAACCAUGUUCCAUGUUUAAUGUUCAUGAAGAAGAAAUUAUAAUUAUAUUGUAAGUUUGUAAGAAUUGUUACUCUACAAAUUUCAUGAUGAACCUAACGUUUUUAUUUCA